AUGUCCCGAGUAUCUCCCGGAGGGGUGUUCCGUUGGUUCGUGCCCAGGCUAACAUCCCAGGAAACGAAAACGAAGGUGCAUGAAACUCGCACGAGAGUGGACGAUCAGCCCGAUGCAAAUCAGAUACGUCUUCUGCUUGGCUGGCCAUGCGAAAGACACGAGCCCUGGGGUGUCCCUGGUUGGUCCAAGUGGUUGAUUGCUGCAAAGUUGGUCGAGACUUCAACCGCUGCCCAUUCCACUGUUGCUCUCGUGUAUCUUGACGACAUGCGUAUGUCUCCGUCCUUGGACAUACACUGCGCCUCCGGCGUCAACCAUCGGGGAAACAAGGAAUAA